UGACCAGGCCUCUGUCAGCUGGCUGCACAGAGCUGGCAGGAGAGCGCCAGGGUGCACAGGGCGGCCGGCGUUCGGGCUGGGAAUGGACAGCCAGCAGGAUGUGGUGAACCUGGACCAGGGCGGCUGCUGCCCUGCCCUGCGCAAGCUGCUCCCCAGGGGCUUCUGGGAUGAGGCACGGGCGCUGUUUGUCCUCUCUGGACCCCUGUUCCUGUUCCAGGUGUUGAACUUCCUGACCUACGUCGUGGGUACUGUGUUCUGCGGGCACCUGGGCAAGGUGGAGCUGGCAUCUGUGACCCUAGGGGUGGCGUUCGUCAACGUCUGUGGAGUGUCUGUUGGAGCUGGUUUGUCCUCGGCAUGUGACACCCUGAUGUCCCAGAGCUUCGGCAGCCCCAACAAGAAGCACGUGGGCGUCAUCCUGCAGCGCGGCUCGCUCAUCCUGCUGCUCUGCUGCCUGCCCUGCUGGGCGCUCUUCCUCAACACCCAGCACAUCCUGCUGCUCUUCAGACAGGACCCGGCCGUGUCCAGGUUAACCCAGGACUACGCGAUGAUUUUCAUCCCAGGACUCCCGGCAAUUUUUCUUUACAGUCUGCUGGCAAAGUAUUUGCAAAAUCAGGGAAUCGUCUGGCCACAAGUCCUUAGCGGCGUAGUGGGCAACUGUGUCAACGGCGUCGCCAACUACGCUCUGGUGUCCGUGCUGAAUCUGGGGGUCAGGGGCUCUGCCUACGCCAACACCAUCUCCCAGUUUGUGCAAGCCGCCUUCCUCUUUCUCCACAUCGUGCUGAAGAAGCUGCACCUGGAGACGUGGGAAGGUUGGUCCAGCCAGUGCCUCCGGGACUGGGGCCCCUUCCUCUCGCUGGCCAUCCCAAGCAUGCUCAUGAUGUGUGUGGAGUGGUGGGCUUACGAGAUUGGCAGCUUCCUCAUGGGCCUGCUGGGCGUAGUGGACCUCUCUGGCCAGGCCAUCAUCUAUGAAGUAGCCACAGUGGUCUACAUGAUUCCCAUGGGGCUCGGCAUGGCCGUGUGCGUCCGAGUGGGGACAGCACUGGGAGCCGCAGACACUCUGCAAGCAAAGCGAUCGGCCGUCUCAGGCCUUCUCUGCACAGCGGGCACUUCCCUGGUGGUGGGCACCCUGCUGGGGCUCCUGAACAGCCAGCUGGGGUACAUUUUCACCAGUGAUGAAGAGGUCAUUGCCCUGGUGAACCAGGUCUUGCCGAUUUACAUCGUCUUUCAGCUUGUGGAGGCCGUCUGUUGUGUGUUUGGUGGAGUCCUGCGGGGCACGGGGAAGCAAGCCUUCGGCGCCAUCGUGAACGCCAUCAUGUACUACAUCGUCGGCCUCCCUCUGGGCAUCGUGCUGACUUUCGUGGUCGGAAUGAGGAUCAUGGGCCUCUGGCUGGGCAUGCUGACCUGUAUCUUCCUGGCAGCUGUCACCUUUGUUGUCUACGCAGUCCAGCUGGACUGGAAGCUGGCGGCAGAGGAGUUUAGAGCACGCCCUGCAGGUACAAAGAGCAACACAAAACCACACACCUUCCCACCUGCAAAAGCAAAGCGCUCCAGUGGCUGCGCGCAGGCCCAGAAGCAUGCGGGGCUACAGCAGCAGCAGCAGCAGCAGCAGCAGCAAGGAGCAGAGUGCACAGCCCCCAGCCCAGGGCCUGACAAGGCCGUUGUGUCUUCAGUGGCCACGGGCUGCAACCCGGGCAUAGCACUGACGAUGUACUCCCGGCCUGGGUGUCACGUGGACUUCUACGGGAGACCAGAGGCGGCCCCCGCCCCCGCGGCUCCGGCCAGCAGGUUGUCAGUGCGGCAGCUGCUCUUCCGCCGUGGGGCUGCCCUGGCGGCCUCAGUGGCCGUGCUGAUGGCGGGCCUUCUGGUCAGGGUCCUGACCACCGGGUACUAACUCGCACAGCCAGUGGAAAGCAGGAAGGAAGAAUGGGUGGCCCCAGCACACACGUGUGUGCGCACUCAAACUCGCACACGGUCCAGGUGCAGGCAGGUGCUGGGAAUAGAGCACUCCUCAGAAA